AUGGAUCUUGUGUGUAGCCGUGAUGCUCAGGCCCCUUUGCUGACGGAGUGGUCGUCUGGUGGCAGAGCGCGCUCAGCCUUUGGUGAGCAGUUUGGUGCCGAGGUUGGCGGGGUUGGAGAGCAUGCGGCCGAUCAGGAGUCUUCGGCAGCACCCCGAUCACAAGAGUGGGAGACUGAGCCUGGUGAACCGGGAGAGUGUGUUGAUGUGAUUGCGGUGGACAGUGAGUCUGUCUCCCCGGGAGAAUCCUCGAAUGAGUCGGACAAGGGGACGAGGACGACGGGCAACCGAUUGUGCAUUGGUUGCGCAGGGUGGGUUCCCGACAUUUUAGGCUUAACAACGAUUCUCUGGGGCAAAACGAUUUGCCCUGCAGAUUUUGUUUUCGCAGAUAGCAAGGUCACCCUGCCCGCGGGCACGGAGAUGCUGCGGUUCGUGUGCAGAUCCGAUGGUUGGCCAGAUGGCAUUUUUGCCUUGGACUCCCUGGUCGCCUGGGCACCCGCAGGUUCAGGUCCUUUGCCUCCAGUUCCCUUCUCACUGUAUUCAAGCCGCGCCCACAACUGUGCCGUUCACUUCACACGUGGCAUGAAGUGUUGGGGACGUGGUGGCCGCAUUGGCUCUGGUGACAGAAACACGAUGGGUGACGAGCCCGGGGAGAUGGGCGUCAACCUUCCCUUCGUGGAUCUGGGUGGCCAAAUCCCAAUGCAAGUGGGUUGUGGCGACGAAAACUGUUGCGCCGUUUUCGAUGGCGGGGCUUUGAGCUGCUGGGGAGGGGACCCAGGAACCCGUGGCGUGCUGGGGGGGGUGUCCGGAGUAGACAUUGGCGACGACCCAAUGGAGAUGGGAAUACAUCUGCCCACGGUGGACUUGGGGACGGGAGCCUUCGCGCUCCAGGUCGCUGUCGAGACUUAUCAUGUUUGCGCGUUGUUGCGCGGUGGCUCCGUGAAGUGCUGGGGACGCGGAUGGAGCCUCGGCUACGGGGACUCGAUUAGUCGCGGCGUGAGCCAGGAGCACAUGGGCGAUAGGCUUCCCUUCGUCGACCUCGGCACCGACUUCCACGCCGUGCAGAUCACGGUGUCGGACCGUGCGAGCUGUGCAUUGUCAAGCCAGGGCAAGGUCAAGUGCUGGGGCCUUGGUCCCGUCGUCGGCAUGAACUUCUCAAGCCGAAAUGUCGGUGUGGGGCUUUCGCCCAACGAAAUGGGCGACCAGUUGCCCUUUUUGAAUUUCGGCCUCGAUGUUCUGCAGAUCUCUGCAGCCUGGCACCACGCCUGCGCAGUGCUGGCGGAUCGCUCUUUAAAGUGCUGGGGGGAGGACGAGAACAACGGCCAGCUGGGCCACGGUACCACCGACUCUGUACAGCCUCUGGUGGACGCAAACCUCCCCACGACUCUGCUGGGCAGCGGAGUGUCCGUCAUGAAGGUGGUAGCAGGCGUCCAGCACACCUGUGUCAUCCUGCAGGACGAGACCCUGAAGUGCUGGGGCCGAAAUUCAGAUGGACAGCUCGGACACGGAAGCAUUGAGAACCUGGGCAGCAAGCCGGAACACAUGGGCGAUGCCCUGCGCCCCGUCGACCUGAACAAUCUCGGAGUACACGAGGUCAUCGUGGGUUUCCGACACACCUGCGUGCGACUGGAGGAUGAGACCGCACGCUGCUGGGGCCUCAACAGCGAUGGCCAGCUUGGCAUUGGGAACACCGAAAACGUGGGUGAUGAGCCGGGCGAGAUGGGAAGAGCCCUCGUGCCCACUGAGCUCUUUGAAAAAGAAAAGCCUGAUGCCGGCCAAGGCGGUGUAAGUAUAAGCGAAGGCUCAAGCGGGGGCUGGUUGCUGCUCCAGCAUAAUGGCUCUCUUGGGCUGGUCUGCGACGACGGUUUCACGGAUGCCACAGCGCAGGUGGCCUGCCGGGAUAUUGGCAUGGCAGGCGGACGAGCCUUGUUCAGGGACCCCGCCUCCGACCCUUCGCUGGACGAGACGCUUGCAGCCUUUGAGAUCGUGGCCGAGAGCCUCGUGUGUGAGGGCGCGGAAGUCUUCCUGCGAGACUGUAGCUUCCGAGGUUGGCACGUCCACGACUGCUCUGCUCGGGAAGCUGUAGGCGUGCGGUGCCAGCUGGAUGCCUGGGGCGAGUACACGACGGCAACGGGCCCCGGGCCGCGCCAAGACCACAGCAUGGUCUGGGACCCGGACACCCAGUCUUCUCUGAUGUUCGGAGGCCAGGCGGGGAACACCUUCCGGUACUUCAAUGACCUUUGGCAGUUCCACUGGCCUUCGCGAAGCUGGGCCGAGCUGCAGCCAGAGUUGCCAAGUCCGUCGCUUAGGUUCGGCCACAGCGCUGUUUGGGAUGUCGUGUCACGCACCAUGCUGAUCUUGGGGGGCACUUACCUGAGCGAAACCUACAGCGAAGUGUGGGCCUACGAAAGCACCCGCAACCGGUGGACACUUUCGAGCGAAGGGCCCGGGCCACGUGUCUACCACACUGCGGUAUGGGACCCGCUACGUCGAGCCAUGCUGGCCUUCGGUGGAGAGUGUGGGGCCCAGUGCGGGGGAAACAUCCUGGCAGAGCUCCACUACUUCAGCUUCGUGAGCCGAACAUGGUGGCCUUUGACCACUGGCUUCGGGCCACGCAGCAAGCACACAGCCUCGUGGGAUGCUGCUACCCGAAGCAUGCUAGUCUUCGGGGGCUGGGACGGGCAAAGGUACCUCUCAAAUCUGCACCGCUAUGAUGCCAACUCCGACAGUUGGGCCGAGAUCACAGCGACCGGCACUGUGCCGUGGCCACGAGCUGGGCACGCCGCGGCUUGGGACCCAGACUCCGCCAGCCUCCAUGUUCUCGGAGGAGUGCAGAACCGAAGCGGCACGCUGGGCUUCAGCGACGGCCUCUUCCGCUUCAGCCUUUUGACACUCUCUUGGACCGAGCUUGGAGCUCCCAACGAUUCCGAUGAUUUACGGCCUAAGGGCCCCUCCGCGCGGAGCGAACUUCGGCAAGCCAUGGUCUUUGACGCCGCCUCCCCAGCGUUGCUGUUCUUCGGCGGCUUCAACGGCUCCUACCUCGGUGACACCUGGAGGUACGUCAUGAAGCCUACAGCUCCCACUCCCACUCUGCGCUGCCAGCUGGGCCAGCCUUGCUUCCCAGAAGCUACCACAGGUGCUGGCAACCUGAGCAUUGGCAAUCUGGAUGUGAAGGCAAACUGCCAAGACUCCCAUGGCUUGCCAGCUUUGGAUGGCAGGCGCUGGUUUGUGGAGCCGGGCAGCUACCAACUAUGCUCCUGCCAGGGUCCAGACUGCACCCCAGCACAAGUUCAUACGCUCCCCGUUGGCCGCUUCAUCGCGGAAGGGCCUUACACCAACCAGUCUGCUGUCUGCUACAUUGGCUGGCGGUGCACCGUCCCCAUCUGGGCGGGCGUCGGCAUCUCUACCAACGAUUCCCUGAUCGUGCAGAAUGACUGCCAAAAUGGGCUUGCAUCACCGUAUAGCUUGGUUAUCACCAUACACGAAUCUGCCAAUGCUUUGCUCCUGGAUGUGGGAAUGAUCGACUCGGCUGGAACACCAGAAGUUGUGGAGCUUUGCUGGUGCCCUUUCAGCCAGUCCUGCGACUCCGCCGAGGACUUCCAAGCAACGGCACUGCGCCUUCACAUCCUAUGCCCGCCGGGGCAAUACGAGCUCGAGAGCACGUGCCAUCUUUGCCCCGCAGACCAGUACUGCCCGGGAGGUGAGCCGUUGAGAAGCUGCCCGCCUUUCAGCACAGCCCCGAUCGGCUCCAGCGAGCUUUCGCACUGCGUCUGCGAUGUCGGACGCUACUGGGACGACGGCGCUUGCUCCAUUUGCCCCUACGGCUCCACGACCGCGCAGAAGGGCGCGACCUCGGUCACAUCUUGCACGUGUCUGUCGGACUUCGUCAACACGAAUCCGGAGACCCCUUGGAUAUGUGAGUGCGGGCCGGGCUCGGGCUUCGACGCAGCACGAGGAGUCUGCGAACCCUGUCCUGUUGGGUCUUUCAAAUCUGCUGGCGGCAACAUGCUGUGUUCAACUUGCCCGGGUGACCGGUCCACCCUGCGAACGGAGACUAGAUCUUUGACAGAAUGCCUUUGCAGAGCAGGCCUCACCCAAGAUGGGGAAGGUUGUGUGGACUGCCGACCCGGUUUCUUUUGCAAUGGCACAGGUGUUGAGUUGCCAUGUCUGGAGGGUGCUACCUCAAGCACGAGGUCAACGUCUCCUGAGGACUGUCUUUGUGGGCCAGGCCUUUUCAAGAACCAGAUUACGUGCGAUCCUUGCCCACCAGGAAAGUUCAAGCAAGACAGUGGCAACGCAGACUUCUGCAAUGGUGAGUGUCCAUCAAACAGCCUUAGCAAGGAGGGAUCCACAGGCCUGGCAAACUGCUCAUGUACAGAAGGUUAUUAUGCAGAGCUUGAUUCCGAAGGCAGGCUUUCCAGAUGUGCCAGUUGCGCUGGCCUGACUCAUUUCCGCUGCGACGGUGGCUUCCGCGAGGAGAACGGCGUGGAAUUGCACUCACUGCCGCUCGCCCGAGCUGGUUUCUACCAGACGGGCAUCUUGACAGCCUACAAGUGCAGUGUUGUUGCGGAGGAUGGCUUGAGCGCUUGUCUCGGUGGAGUGACUUGCUCAGACGAUGACCAGCACGGCAAGUCCGACAGCCUUGAGCACUGCAGCGGCAAUCUUUGCGCGCCUGGAUCUACAGGCAUGCUGUGUGGCGAGUGCCCUGUUGGCUGGGGCAGACACGGCCUCCAUCAGCCCUGCAUUCCCUGCACCGGGGCCACGCUCUCGAUGACGUCGUCUAUUGUGGCUGAAGUAUCACUGAAGGCCACGACCACCUUCAUCGUGGCUUCCAUGGCAGCCACCGCUGCCAUACGGGGCAGCGGCAAGCUCCAUACCAGCAUGCUACGGAUGGCCAGCCAGUGGGUCGCCGCUUGCUCUGUCCUUUUGAUCUUUGACUUAGAUGGUGUGCGCUCUCUUCUCGCAGACUCUGAGCCGAACCAGGCCUUCGCGCCACGCCUGGCAUGGCCGCAAGAGGUCAGUUUGGCAAUGGGCGGCGUGUUUGACAUUUUGUCAUUUUCCCAGCCUUUGCUCUCCGUGAACUUUGGAGUCCAAUGCUUUGCGCAGGAGCUGUUCGCUGAGCCAGCUGCUCCAACGACUGCCUUGGGCAUCUACUACCUUUGCUUGCCGCUUCUGCUCAUCCUUGGUAUUCUACUGCUUUCCUCCGCCACCGUAUACCUCCUGGUGCCUAUCGCGACGCGAUGCGGCUUCCACUUCAAUGAGGUCGCCAAGAGGCGCGAACAGCCAGGCAUAGCGGUCCAGCAGACUGUUGCCGAACGUGCCACCAACCUUGAGGGGGAGACGCACGUGGCUGCGAGGCAGAAAGCCGAAAUCACCGAGGAGGAUCAUAUCCUGCAUGUGGAUGCUACAAUGGACUCGCUGGACUUUGGUCUCUUUGAGUCGACGCCAGACUUGUUCUCCUUCGUGCAGCAGAGCAUGCCUAUCAUAUGGAUUGGCCUCAUCUCUCUGUGGCCCGUUCUAAUGGCUGCUUUCCUGCGCCUAUUAUGGUGCGUGCCCAUCCCACAAGAGGGCAAUGACGGUGUCAGCUUCACAUACCGCUUGCUCCCCAGCCCUGACAUCGAGUGCUGGGAACCCACACACGUCCCGGCUGCAAGCGUGGCCAUUGUAGGCCUGCUUGUCUGGUGCGUUGGGGUUCCAACUGUACUGGCGGCACGCCUGUUCUUCAUGGACAGGCAUGCCCCAGAAAACUAUAGAAGAUACGGUUUUUUUCUCCAAGGCUAUGAGCCGUCUUACUGGUGGUGGGACGUGAUAGCCAAGCGAGUUGAUGUGGGCUUGAUGAUGUUCAUCGCCUACACGUCGCUGGUACCAUCUCCGGAAGCGAAGCUCCUGCUUUACCCAACAGUUUCAGGUAUUCAGCUCUUCCUUUCUGCUUGGAUCCGGCCCUACACGAAUCAACAAGCAGGGCUUUUGGAUGUGUUGGAGAUGCUGCUCCAGAUGACCCGCUUCCUUCUCUUUGCCGCAGUAGCAGCCAUGGUAAUCCUUUCACCAGAAACGACAACAGCAUGGUUGCUGGCGGUUGCAUUGCUCAUCUUUGUGUUUUUUGCAGUUGCGUACCUGCUGAUCCAGGUAGUUGCUCAAUUCUUGAAGGAUGCAUCGGAAGUUCCUUCUGUGGAACGCUCGACAAACCCCAUCAUGAAACUCAUCAGUCGCCUCAAAGAACUCGUGCUGGGCUACACAGUGCCGAUCUUCAGACAGCACGAAGACGAACAUCUUCAAUUGAGUUGGCGCUUUGACAAGGACACGAUCACGGUUCGGACCGCUUCAGAAGCAGCUCCCGGCAAACGAGGCAGAGCGUGUCUGUCCUCCCUCUUACAAUUUCGUGCACAACUCUUGCGUUUCAGCGCUGCCCAUCAGCGCUCCACUUUGGCCAGGUUAAACGAAGAGUUUGCGACGUUUUGGCUGCUUCAAUUGCAACAGAGCGAGCUGCCGCGCGAGAGUGCUGUCAUCCUCUGCCGCCUUGGCGAAGCUAACAAGCACCUCCCGCACAACAUAGCCAAGACUCAAAUUGCAGCGGCGUGGAUGCAACAGUUGCAGGAAGCGGCCUAUGAUUCCGGACGCAAGGCAUGCACCCCGGAGGACGUGGAAGCGGCCGUUGCCCGCUUGACACAGCUGGCUCCUGAACAGGCUGUCAAGCUGGUCGAGUGCGCAGCGGCAGUCCCCGCAGAGGUCGAUGACAAGACAGGGAAAUGGCCCAGCCAGCAAGACAGCCACGAUAUCCAGGAGGAGCUUCGGAUUGUGAACGAUGCCAACGGUGAGGCCAUUCCCUUUGAGGUUACCGGCGACGGACUGGGCUUCGGCCUCCCAGUACCUCGCCGCGAGGCUCUCGGGGCAGCGCUCUCCUUGUCCUUGGGGGCCGGGGCUGGGGAGGAGGCCCGGGCAGCGACGGCCUCUGCGGGAGCCUCCCCUGUCUUCGUGGACUCGGCGAUCUUCGAGCGUUUGGAGCACUUCAAGGACAUCGGCGUCCCAGCCACGCUGCAAGACCCCAUUGCGCGGGCGGCGAUUGCAGACGGCACCUGCCGCUUAGUGGUCGCACCCGGAUCUGGUCCGUUUCCCCUGGACGGCUACGAUUUCUGGCACCACAACCCGGAAAGAGUCAAUUCCGUCCUGAAGGCUUUGGCUGAGUUGCCGUCCAGCUCCCAGCCAUCGAAGUUCGUGAGGGCGGCAAAGAAGCAGCUCCCGAAUGCUUGCUUCUUCGGUCUCCGCGCAGAGACAAGCAAACUGGAUCUCUACGAACCAUCUGCCUUGGCCAAGACGCUUUCCAACUGGCACAGGGUGCUUUGCGACCCUAACUGCGACGACCCUGCAGAGGAGCCACAGCAGCAAGCGCUCACCACCGGCUUCAUUUGCAUGGCGGUUUGCGACACAGCGAAGAUGAAGCUGACCGCUGCAGCUAUGGGCAGCUUCUCACAGAGCGUAGCAGCGGCUCAAUCAACAGCGACGAGCAUGUGUGCUGCCAUGCCAUGGACCAUCACAAGAGGGCCACUAACGCCACUGGAUGGCCUGAAAUCCUACGACGCGAUUGCUGCAGCGACUACGCCAUGGCGAAAGGUAUGUGGUUGCACCGCAUGA